CCCCGCCCCGCCCCGCGCCUCGGGACGUCUGUGCCUAGACUUGGCCGCUGCUAAUACCGGGUCCUUGAGCUGAGCGCCUGCUGCCGGAACCAACCGCGGCCGUCAACCGUCCGGGCCGGCCGGGCUCAGACACCGGGACGGCGGAGAGCUACCGAGGAAGCGGAGGCCGCUGUAGGACGCCGCCGCGGCGGGCGCAUGGCGUCCAUCUUGCUCAGGAGCUGCCGCGGCCGGGGGCCUGCUCGCCUCGCGCCGCCCCGCGCCGCCUCCCCGCGGGGUAGUCUGAGGGACCGAGCUUGUCUCAGUUGUACCAGGACCGUGAGGUUGAAAAGCCAUGAGAGUGUUCUGUCUCGCUGUUGUACUCCAGCCAACCCUGUGUACCUCUGCUUCAAAGGUGAGCCGCUCAGCUCUUGGACUCAGAGGCCUGAGUGCCAGGGCCCCUUGGCAAGGGCAACAUGGACACCUGCCUCUGCAAGAUUGGUUGUUACAGGAACUCAGUACCUUCCUGUGCGUGGCUGGCACUCAUCACCCCCCCUAGGAGAGGACUCUGUGAUAGAGAAGUCCCUCAAGUCUUUAAAGGACAAGAACAAGAAGCUGGAGGAGGGUGGCCCCGUGUACAGCCCGCCAGCGCAGGUGGUGGUGAAGAAGUCCCUUGGGCAGAAGGUCCUGGACGAGCUGAAGCACUACUACCAUGGCUUCCGCCUGCUCUGGAUUGACACCAAGAUAGCCGCCCGCAUGCUGUGGCGCAUCCUCAAUGGCCACACACUGACCCGCCGGGAGCGCAGGCAGUUUCUCCGGAUUUGUGCGGACCUCUUCCGCCUAGUGCCCUUCCUGGUGUUCGUGGUGGUGCCCUUCAUGGAAUUCCUGCUGCCUGUGGUUGUGAAGCUCUUCCCCAACAUGCUGCCGUCCACGUUUGAGACGCAGUCCAUCAAGGAGGAGAGGCUCAAGAAGGAGCUUCGCGUGAAGCUGGAGCUAGCCAAGUUCCUCCAGGACACCAUAGAGGAGAUGGCCCUGAAGAACAAGGCAGCCAAGGGGAACGCCACCAAAGAUUUCUCUGCAUUCUUCCAGAAGAUCCGGGAGACAGGAGAGAGACCCAGCAAUGAAGAAAUCAUGCGCUUUUCCAAAUUAUUUGAGGAUGAACUGACUCUGGAUAACCUCACAAGGCCUCAGCUGGUGGCGCUGUGCAAGCUGCUGGAGCUUCAGUCCAUUGGCACCAACAACUUCCUGCGUUUCCAGCUCACCAUGCGCCUGAGGUCCAUAAAGGCCGAUGAUAAACUGAUUUCCGAGGAAGGAGUGAACAGUCUGACUGUCAAGGAAUUGCAGGCAGCAUGUCGAGCACGAGGCAUGCGAGCACUUGGUGUCACAGAAGACCGUCUGAAAGGCCAGUUAAAACAGUGGCUGGACUUGCACCUGCAUCACGAGAUCCCCACAUCACUGCUCAUACUGUCCCGGGCUAUGUACCUCCCAGACACCCUUUCACCUGCUGACCAGCUCAAGUCCACCUUGCAGACCCUUCCAGAAAUUGUGGCAAAGGAAGCCCAGGUGAAAGCGGCAGAGGUGGAGGGCGAACAGGUAGACAACAAGGCAAAGCUGGAGGCCACGCUGCAGGAGGAGGCGGCCAUCCAGCAGGAACACCUGGAAGAGCUGCAGAGGGCUGCUGAGGCUGUGAAGGACAUCCGGCCAGAAGUAGCAGAAGCCACCAUCCCUGCGAAGCCAGGGGCCGAGCUUCAGCCAGAGGUGUCUGAUGUGAUCCUGCCCUCAGAGGUACUGAAGGAUACAGCACCUGUGCUGGAAGGUUUGAAGGGAGAAGAGAUAACCAAGGAGGAGAUUGACAUCCUCAGCGAUGCCUGCUCUAAGCUGCAGGAGCAGAAGAAGUCCCUGACCAAGGAGAAGGAGGAGCUGGAGCUGCUGAAAGAGGACGUCCAGGACUACAGUGAGGACUUACAGGAGAUCAAGAAGGAGCUUUCAAAGACGGGUGAUGAGAAAUACAUAGAAGAAUCCAAAGCUAGCAAGAGACUGACAAAGCGAGUCCAGCAGAUGAUUGGGCAGAUCGAUGGCCUAAUUGCACAGCUGGAGACCAGUCAACAGAAUGGCAAACUGGGCCCCAAGGAGAGCUCUCCAACAGGGGAGAGUGUCAUCAGCGUCAGUGAGCUCAUCAGCGCCAUGAAGCAAAUCAAGCACAUUCCAGAACACAAGCUGGUCAGUUUGGCCUCGGCCCUGGAUGAGAACAAGGAUGGCAACGUCAACAUCGAUGACCUUGUCAAGGUAAUCGACUUGGUGGAUAAAGAGGACGUUCAGAUCUCUACCACCCAAGUAGCUGAAAUUGUGGCCACACUAGAGAAGGAGGAAAAGGUGGAAGAGAAGGAGAAAGCCAAGGAGAAGGCUGAGAAAGAAGCCGCAGAGGUGAAGAAUUAGAGCUGCCUGGCUUCCAGCCCCACAGGGCCUGCUUUCAUCAUGCUGCGCCAGCCACAGUGGGAGCGACACAAGAGUGACUGCUUUGCGGUGAUUCUUAGUGGCAAAUCUAAUAUUUUUGUCUGGAAUAAAUCAGAAACUUCCAUAAUCAAGUAAAUUUUAAUUUCAUCAUUCCACGAAGAUUCAGUCAGGCCAGAGCCCUGGAGCCCUCUGGGUGACUGCCUGGACUCACGCCAUGAGUGACAAGCAAAUGGCCGCAACCCUUCGGUUAAGGCUAUAGCCACCAAUGGGAUUGUAGCCCCACACUGACCUAUGGCUUCAAAGAGAGCUCUGGCCAGGCUUGGUAGGAAGGCAUUUCUGUGUAUGUAUCCUUACUGGCUCAGGGUCCCUUGAGAAGAGAGUGAGGACCACUGGACUCCCAGCACCUGUGCAGAGCCUGUGGCUGUGCCUGUGUGUCCCACGGAGGCCUUGGCUAGGAGUUAGACAAACACAAACGCAGGACUCCUCUGCUCUGAAGACGCAGUCAGUCUGAGGACUUGGGAUUCCUAAAUGCCAGUGUACAAAGAUCUGUGUGCUCACACCUCCACAGCUGUCUUAACUACAGGUCCCUGGCAGCAGUGUCUGUCCUGCAUGGAUUCUGAGGCAUGGUGACUGGAUCUUUCUCAAUUUACCAUUGAUCUCCACCUAAUAAUUGUUUAAUGGACUAGUACUCAAUUUUCAUACAUGACCUUCCGCCUAAUUCAUGAGUAAUUCCUGAUACAGUGAGUGACACACUGAAGAGGCCUUUAAAAUGAAGUAUUUCCUAUUGGGCAGUCCAUGUUGCUGAACAGGCCUGGAGGAUAGCACUGACGCCUGCAACCUGGAUAUACCUGAGGCUUUAUGUGGCUUUUAAGUGCUGUCACAGGACAGUGGCCAAGAUGGGGCUUCAUGAGGGAGUCUCAGCAUGCU